UGGGUCGGGUUAUAAGCUAGUUGUUAUUUAAAAUAUACUAAUUUUUAUUGUUUUGCAAGUCGGGUUGAGAGGAAAAUCGCCAUUAGUUCGAGGUUGGAAUGGAAAAUGACGGAUCCAGACCCCGAUAUCAGUGCGACAUCAAAAUCGGCGCUCCGCCCGCGGAACAAACUUGGGAAUGGAGUAAUGGCGACAUCGAUGAGGUGGACCGAGCAGCACUUCCAGCCGCCGCGAGGAAUCCCGAGGUCGAGGGCGCAUCGGAAGGCAGUUGUCGUGGUGGCGGUGACAGCAACACUCGGCGGCGGCGGUGAUCCCAAUAGCACUCCCAGACGGCGAAGACUCCCAUAGCGUCCGGAGGCGACAUACGUUAAUCCUAGGGCGAAAAUUUGUUAGGGAUUGUGAAUUUUUUGGGGCAAAAAUGUCAAAUUGCCAAGUUAGGGUGAUAAUUUUAGAAAACCUAGGGCAUUAAUUAAUACUACCCAUUAUGAUAAUAUUAAUAAUAGUAGGGGCAUAAUAAUAUAUGUAAGUGUAUCAAUAUAUAUUAAUCAAUAUAAAUAAUAAGUGAAACUCAUCCGGCCAACACCUAAAGGCAAACAUAUUUUAUGUUGGAAACCAGAUAAGGUGCUAACACUCUUUAAUGUUUGUACGAGAUUAACAUAAUUCAUUAAAGGUAUUAUAUAUUCAGUUCAAACUCCAACUCCGUGUUCUUAUUGAAACUCUUUCCUUAUUCUUCCCAACACACCUCUUUAUUGAAUUUCUUUUUGAAGGCUAUCUAUUUUUAAUAUUACUCAAUGCAUGACGACUAGUAGUUCCUAAGAAAAAAGAUAUUAUAGUAACUGUCGCAAACGGUCCGUCCGCGACGCGGCGCGAAAAAGAGGAGUCGCCACCAUCUCUCAAAGUGGAUUGGACACUUGGGAAGUCAAGCAUAAAUCGGUUACGAUUUAGGCUCGGCUCGGUCUGCGAAAUAGAUUUAUGGUUUCGAGGGUCGGUUACGAGUAAGGAAGGUAUUAGCACCCUUACAUCGCCCUAAGUCGGUACUAUAAGUUUGAUGUCUUCUUAAUUGAUACUUGCUUGUUUGAAAUUAUUUGGAUUUACAUCGAAUAUGUGAUGUCAUUUUUUACAUAUAUUACAUGUUCAUCAACAUGUAAUUACGUUGGAAGAAUUAAUAAACGUUUUUGUUAAUUUUAGGGAGAAAAGGGUUUUAUUUAUUAGUGGACUUGGACCCGUAGGCCGCCUACGUACCCGACAUCUCGGGAUCAAAGCCCUCGUAGUUCGCCAUGUUUACUUGUUUUAAAACAUUUUCUUACGACCCAUCGGUACGUAAUAGUUGGUUAAUUUGAUGACGAUCCAACAAUCGUAAUUUGUUUGAGAUAGGUUAAAUGAUUAUUCAUCACGUACCCAUUAGUACGUAAUAUUUUAUUGAUUUGAACACGAUCCAUCGAUCGUAAUUUAUUUAAAAAGGGUUAGGUGAUAAAUUGAUCAUGUACCCAUCGGUAAUGACUUGAUCGUAUAAUUUGAUAAAAUAAUAUUUUAGAAGUUAUGUGGACUUGAACCUUUCGGUCGCCUACGUACCCAACAUCUCGAGAUCAAAGUCCGCGUAGUUCGAUUGGCAUUAAUUCAUAUUAAUUGGAUUGAAAUAUCAUUUGUAUUAGAAAGGUUUGUUAAUAAUCAUUAUUGAUAGAACAAUGUAGUUUAGGGAACGCAUCCAUUCCUACUUUAUAUUUUAUUUAGUUUUACUUAAAAGGAAAUGAUUUAUGAGAUUUUAACGAUGUAAAAAUUGGAAAUGAUAGUAAAUUACACGAAUAUAAAAUAGAUUGAAAAGAUAAAUUUAGUUAGUUCGAGUUUCAGUAAGUGGGUGGUGUUUUCGGUUUACUUAAAAAGAUGGAGGAUCAAAACUGCAACUAUGGUAGGGUUGCGGUGAUAGAUGUCAUUAGUUAGAAAAUAGAAAUUAAAGGAUAAAAGAACCCUUUACCUGUAGUGUGUAGUCUGACGCAGAUGAGAGCUCCCACUCCAAAAUUGAUUCUUCCUUCUCCAUCGCGAAUUCCUUUUCUUCUUCUCCCUGCGCGACGAGAUAAGUUGCAGACAGCGACGGCGACGAAGGCACGAGCUGGGGGCAGAAACGACGACUAGAGGCGUCGGUUAUGCUGUUGUGGUCUGGCCGGUGAGGUAGAUAUGGAAGGCGCAGCGAUGAGGAGUUGCGGAGGGUGCCGAUAAUGGCGGCGAGGAGCUAGCGGGCAGUAGUUGCGACAGACUCGGGAGGUGAAUGUGACAGCGGGAGGAAACGACGGAGGAGAUCAGUGAGCAGAGGACCCGUGGGGAGAAUAGCGAUGACGGCGGAGGUGAACGAUGGCAGUAUUCUGGUAGAUUGGUAUUUUCUGUCUUUUGGUUUUCGUAAAUGGAGAAUGAAGUUUAAAGGUGAUAUGAUUGUAUGGUUUGGAGGAUGCAUAUAUGGAUUAUGUUUAUUUUCUCUGUGGUGGAAUGAAAACGAUUGCAGGGAUUGAUUUCUCUGGCACUGGAAUGGAGUUGAAAUUGGAAAAGAGAUUGAACAAACUGCCCCUCCUCUCCCUUUACUUCCUUCGUUCUCCUCUGCUUCUUAUAGAGAAAGCAGAAAGUCAGGAACUUUCUCCCACACCCCUUCAACCACAUCAACCUACUACCCAUGCCUCCAAUCAAUUUUCUGCAACCCAGAUCCAUUUUCUCUUCCAUCCAUUUACUCUUCUGCCUUGUACAACUCACCAAAGCAUGGAGCUUGGUUAUUUCUCUUGUUUUUGCAGGCAGCAUUUAGGCGAUGAUGGUGGAGCAGAGGAGGAGCGGGUCUGGUCUGGUGAAUCGAACCGGUCUCGCCCACUAUGUGGGUUGCUGGGUCUGAAACUGUUGGCUAUGGGCCUUUUAUAGCUAUUUCUCUUUUUGUGACUGAAUGGGUUGGAAGCCCAAAGUUGUAAUAGAAAUGGAUUGUAACAGGAUGAUGAAUUUCUUGUGUUUAAACCAGGUUUGAACAAAAUUAUUUACUUUAG